AUGGGACAAACCCUAACCACCCCAUUGAGCCUUACUUUAGACCACUGGCCUGACGUCCGCACCCGAGCCGACAACCUGUCAGUCGAGGUUCGAAAGAAGAAAUGGGUGAUCUUUUGUUCGUCCAAGUGGCCUACUGUUGGGGGAGAAUGGCCAAGAGACAGCACUUUCAAUCUCAAUAUUAUUUCCCAGGUUAAGGCAAAAGUGUUCAGCCCGGGACCACAUGGACACCUGGAUCAACACACCUAUAUUGUUACCUGGGAAAGUUUGGCAUGUGACCCGCCCCUAUGGGUCCAGCCCUUUGUCAUCUCUAACAACAUCUCUAACAAACCCCAACCUCCUCUUACCCCUACAGCCCCUAAGGCUCCCCCUCCCCCGGAGAGCCAACCGCUUGUGCCUCUUCCUCCUGCACCUUCCCUUGCCCCACCCUCUUCUUCCCUAUACCCCACCAUUCUUAAGGAGAAGAUUCCGAAAGAAAAACCUCCGAAACCUACCCCUGCAUCCCCUCCUGUCCUUCCUCCGAACCCUGACUCUACCCUCACUGACUUUCUAUCAGAAGAACCCCCUCCUUAUGCAGAUCCAGAGGAUCCAGAGAGUCCGGAUGGGCCGGAGACUGCAGCGGCGGGUGGACAGCCUGCACAAGGCCCAAACGGCCGACAGCAAUACUGGCCAUUCUCUCCCUCAGAUCUAUACUAUUGUAAACACCAUAACCCCCCAUUCUCCAAAGAUCCAAUAACACUGACUAACCUGAUUGAGUCUAUUUUAGUCACCCACCAGGCCACUUGAGAUGAUUGCCAGCAACUCUUGCAAGCCCUGCUGACCUCAGAGGAAAAGCAAAGAGUCUUUUUGGAGACUCUGAAAAAUGUCCCAGGUGACAAUGGUAACCCAACCCUUUUGCCUAACGAAAUUGACGAGGCCUUCCCUCUGAUGUGACCUGACUGGGAUUUUACCACAGCUGCAGGUAGGGGACAUCUACGCCUCUAUCGCCAGUUGCUAAUCGUGGGUCUCCUAGGGCCAGAAUGCCACCCCACCAAUUUGGCCCAGGCUCAGCAAGUAAUACAGGGAAAUGAAGAGACACCCUCAGCCUUCUUAGAAAGGCUCAAGGACGCUUAUAGGAUAUAUACCCCCUAUGACCCUGAAGAUCCAGGGCAAGCUACAAGUGUAUCCAUGUCUUUCAUUGAGUCUAGUCCGGAUAUUAGAAGCAAAUUGCAGAGGCUUGAGGGUCUCCAGGGAUAUAUUAUACAAGACUUACUAAAAGAGGCAGAGAAGAUCUUCAAUAAGAGAGAGACUCCAGAAGAAAGGGCCCAGCAUUCAGUUCUGACCCAGAAUUCAGGGCCACUCAGCGAACGAUCUGCUUGGGUCCAAGGAGCCACUGGUGGCAAGAGGUAUUGAUGGACAACUAAUCGGAAGGUUCAGCUGGCUACUGGUAAGGUGACACAUUCCUUUCUGCAUGUUCCGGACUGUCCCUAUCCUUUGUUGAGUAGGGACCUCCUCACCAAGCUAAGGGCCCAAAUUCAUUUCGAGGACACAGGGGCUAAGAUAACGGGCCCAGAUAUAGGUCCCCUCCAAAUUUUGACCCUCCAGCUGGAGGAUGAAUAUAGACUUUACGAGCCCCCGGGGCAACAGACAAUUGAUAUGGCCCCUUGGCUCAAUGACUUUCCAUUGGCAUGGACAGAGACCAGGGGAAUGGGGAUGGCUUUACAACAACCUCCACUUAUCAUUCAAUUGAAGACAACAGCUACUUCUGUUUCAAUCAAGCAGUACCCCAUGUUCCAUGAAGCAUAUCAAGGCAUAAGGCCCCACAUCAAAAGACUGCUGGAUCAGGGCAUUGUCACUCCCUGCCGGUCACCAUGGAAUACCCCCCUUUUACCAGUAAAGAAACUGGGAACUGGGGACUACCGGCCAGUGCAGGAUUUGAGGGAGGUCAACAAAAGGGUGGAGGACAUACACCCCACGGUACCCAACCCCUACAACUUAUUGAGCACUCUGCUACCAUCCCACGUUUGGUAUACCGUAUUAGACUUAAAGGAUGCCUUCUUCUGCUUGCGGCUGCAUCCGGAGAGCCAUUCCCUUUUUGCCUUUGAAUGGAAGGACCCAGAUCUUGUACUUUCAGGUCAAUUGACCUGGACAGGGCUCCCCCAGGGGUUCAAGAACAGCCCAGCCCUCUUUAAUGAGGCCUUACACCGGGACCUGGCAGACUUUCGGGUUCAGUACCCUGACCUGACAUUGCUCCAAUACGUAGAUGACCUCCUUCUGGCGGCCACUUCAGAGAAAGAAUGUCAGGAGGGUACAAAGGCCCUCCUACAGACAUUGGGACAAGCAGGAUAUUGGGCAUCAGCCAGGAAGGCUCAGAUAUGCCAGAAGCAAGUCAUCUACCUAGGUUAUCAAUUAAAAAAUGGACAGAGAUGGCUGACCGAGGCGCACAAACAGACUAUCACUAACAUUCCUGACCCCUGGAACCCCCGCCAGCUGAGAGAGUUCCUGGGAACAGCGGGAUACUGCCGCCUCUGGAUCCCAGGGUUUGCAGAGAUGGCUGCACCAUUGUAUCCAUUAAUUAAACAACAGGAGUCAGGCCAACACCUCCUGAACAGGGAUGGAGCUCUGCAAAAAGUGACUGAUGAAUGCCAAGCCUGCGCUCAGGUAAAUGCAGGCAGAACCAAGCUUGGUCCAGGAAUUCAGGCUGGGGACAUCGUCCUGGAGUACAUUGGGAGAUCGACUUUACAGAGGUUAAGCCAGGUCUCUAUGGGUACAGAUACCUCUUGGUGUUCAUAG